CCGAACCACUUCCGUCGCACGCAUACAGAGCAAUUCAAUUCAAUUCUUUCAAGCACAAAGCAAAAUUUGUUGUUUUACAGUAGCAAAAUAGUAUUAAUGGCUGGUAGAGGAAAAACCCUAGGUUCCGGUGCUGCAAAGAAAGCUACGUCCCGUAGUAGCAAAGCCGGUCUCCAAUUCCCCGUUGGUCGUAUCGCCCGUUUCCUCAAAGCCGGCAAGUACGCCGAGCGUGUCGGCGCCGGCGCUCCCGUUUACCUUGCUGCCGUCCUUGAGUACCUUGCAGCUGAGGUACUUGAAUUGGCUGGAAAUGCGGCGAGGGAUAACAAGAAGACGAGGAUUGUUCCAAGGCAUAUUCAGUUGGCUGUGAGGAAUGAUGAGGAAUUGAGCAAAUUGCUUGGAGAUGUGACAAUUGCUAAUGGUGGUGUUAUGCCCAACAUUCACAACCUUUUGCUGCCUAAGAAGGCUGGUGGCUCCUCAAAGCCCUCUGCUGAUGAGGAUUAAAUAGAUGGCCAAUUUGGAAACGAGAGCUGUAUGAUGUUUUUGUUAGUCUAUAGAGAGAUUUAGAUCAUGAAAUUAAGCCCCCGCCCCCAAAUGUGGAAUGUUAUUUCCUUAGUUCUGCUAGUUGUCAGGGUUUAUGUUAGUAUGUGAAUACAAAUCAAGGGAUGAAUGAAAACAUCAUUUUCGGUCUUUGAAUUCUAUCUAUUAAAGUAUCUCCUUGUAUUGA